GUGAAGUGUUAAUAAGUGGACAAUAAUAUUGGAGUUUCGUGGCGUCUCCGGUGCAGCAGUCAGUCGGACAUGAUGGCUUCAGAGGAGGACGACGCGCUGCUCUUCCUCAUCUACCAGCACCUGAAGAUGAGCGGCUUCAGCAAAGCCGCCAGGCUGCUGGAGAAGCACGUCUCCCAGGUGGAGACACCAGAGGAGAGUUCUAACCUACAUGACAUCUACACAGGCUGGAUGAAGCUGUGCUCUCUGGCCCAACAUGCCAAGCAGGAGGCAGAAGACUCAAACAAUCUGACGAAGGAAAGCAUCAAACCAGAACCUGCCACCAGCGAAGAAGAAGGUGCUGCAGACACCGAGCCCUCCAACACCACCGAAGAAGAUGACAAAGAUGCCAAACCUCUACUCGAGUCCAAAGCAGAUGUUGUCGACUCAUCCGGUGCAAACGAAGACGCUGAGAAAGACUCUGAGCAGCUGCUGGAUGCUGCUAAUAAAACCCAAACAUCAAACUCGGACAGCGAGAGCUCCGACUCCUCCGACAGUGAAGAAGAAAAGACGAAGCAGCCGGAGACAAAGCAAGAGUCAGCUCCUAAUGAGGCAACGAGCAAGGCAGAAAGCUCCAGUUCUGCUCCUUCAGACUCUGAAGAAACGGCUGAACCCACCGAGAGCGACUCCAGACAACCUGGCUGUGAGCAGACUGAGGGACACCUGCAGGCCAGAGAUCCAGCCGAGGCCUCCGGCUCAGACAGCAGCAAGAUGGAGGAGGAUGAGCUGAAGCAGGGACCACAAGCUGCCAUAAACUCCUCAGAGGUCACAGAUGCAGCUUCUGCAUCAGAGCAGACUGAUGCUGAUCGAACAAAAGCUGCAGCUUGUGUCACUCAGGAGGACAGCGAGUCCUCAGAGGAUGAGGAAGACACAGCUGCAGAGAAGCCCAGCGAGGCCGAGUCCGCCGCAGCAGAACCGACAGCCGAAGAGGCCAAUGAGCCGCCGGCAGAGGCCGAAGCCCCGCCCCCUGCAGACGCUGACAGUGACGAUAAAAAUCCAACAGAGGAUGACGAUGACACAGUAGAAGAGGAGGAGAAAUCUAAGAGCACAGCGAGCGGCGACUUCACCGCCGAGCAGAAACCUGAGGACGAUGCGGAGAAGGACCAAAGUGACGCUGCUGCCCUCCCCGACGCUCACACCGAAGAGCGAGCAGACCCAGAGGUCUCCAUCAUCCUCAACAUUCAGUCCACAGACAGCGAAGCAACCGAGCGAGAAACCAGCCAACCGCUCCCUGAGGAGGCUGCCGAAGGUUCCAAAAGCCCCAAGAAGAAGAAAAAGAAAAACAAAAAGGAUGUGAGGACGUCCACUGAAGACGCAUCGAUCACAGAGACACCCAGCACGGAUGCUGCCAACGUAGAUACACUCAGUGAUGCUCCUGCUACCAGCAAGUCUGCCAAAAAGAAAAAGAGAGACAAAAUGAAACAUGAGGAGGUGGCAGAGCAAGAGGAGGAGAAAGAGGAAGUGCCUCAGGUUGAUCCACCAGAGAAGAAGAAGAAGGCAAAGAAGAGGAAAAGGGAAAGAGAUGAAGUGGAAGGCGUGGAAACUCCUGUCGCUCCCUCUGAAAACAUAAUUAAAAAGAAAAAGAAGAAGUGUACAGAUGUGGAGGAGGAGGAGGAGGAGACGGUGGAGAAUCCUGAGAUGACGGAGGAGGUAAAGAAAAAGAAGAAGAAGAGAAAGAAGAACAAGGAAGGUCAGCAAAAAGAGGAGGUGCAGUCUGAAGAAACCCCAGCAGGGGGCGACAAAGACACAGAAGAGACAACGGAGGCUGCAGAUGGAAACUCUUCUCUGGCCAAAAAGAAGAAGCGUCUCAGGAAGAAGCUCAGUCUGAGGAAGAGAUUACGACUGCAGAAGAAAGAGGGCGUGAUGAUGAUGAUGAUGAUGAGGAAGACGAAGAACAACAACAACAACUUCGCUGCAGGACAAAACCUCUCAGGGAAAAAGAAGCACAAACACAUCCAGGAGGAGACGGAGGAGACACCUCAACCAAACAAGCCAAACAAAAGACCUCCAGCCGACCCGGUCCAAGAGGACGAGACGCCAAAGAGGAAGAAAAAGACGACAAUCAGCAGCGAACAAGAGGAAAGUUCGUCGAAGGAAAACAAACCUCCCAAAACGAAGAAAGAGAAGAAGGGAUCUGUGAAAAAUGAAGAGGUGAACGAAGAGCUUCCUGAAGCCGACUCGUCCGCUCUUUCUAACGAAGGGAAAAAGAAGAAGAAGAAAAAGAAAAUGAAGGCAGCAACGGGCGAAGAGACGACAGAAGAUUCGACCCCCAUCACUGUGAGCCCAGACGUACCUGCCAGGAAAAACAAAAAGAACAGAUUAAAGGACCGACUGGAGGAGACAGAACCUGCUGCAGACAAACUCCCUCCUCCUGCUGUUUCUGUGAAAAAGAAAAAAUCCCUAAAAAAGAAGAUAGCAGAUUGAAUCUGGAUGUAAGUGGAGGAUGAUUGGACCUGAAAGCCCGAAAAACAACACGAGUAAUUGUAGUGCCUUUUCUGAUCAUUACUGUGUCUCAGAUGAAAGGUUUUGUUUAGUUUUUUUUUUUUGAAGUCUCAGAAACAGAUUGUACACAGAUGAGUAAUGGCGACUGUUUUCAGCCUCACUGUCUUUAGUUCUUAAACUGUGAAUUCAACACAGUACAUCUGCAGUUUGUCUACAAGUUCAGACGCCUUCACUAACAUCAGCUUUGUUGGCGGCUGAGCUGCUCUGGAAGCUCACUCAGUGCUUCAUAACAAACCUCUGACUCUCUGAGAGCCUUCUCAACCGGAAGUUUAAUUAAACAAUUUAUUUCAAAUAUUUCAUAAUGCAGAAACAUAGUAGUAAAGGAAGCCAAAGAGUGGCCUUUAAUUUGGAUUUGUCUAUUGAAAAACAACAAAGCAUAAAUAUAAACAGGAGUAUAAUGAAGUUUAUUUUUAUUAUUGGGGAAUUUGCUCAACAUAAAGUCUAAUAAUUUUGUCAAAAUGCCCCAAAAGCCAAAGACAUUCCAUUUACCUGAAAGUGGGAGAAUGUUUGGAGACUUUGUGAGAUGAUGAUGUUUGUACCACAGAGCAGCUCUGUUUUCAAUAAAAGUUUAUAUUGUCAAAGCUACAAUCACGUUUUUGAGGGUGAACUUUCAGACCCUUCUCCUUGCCUUCACCUGGUGUUGAGUGAAACUCUUCUGGGUGUGCUGGAUGAUCUCGGCACUGCAGAUGAACUGUGUUGGGAAACUCUUCAUCUCUUAACUUCAAUACGCUUCAGGGUAGCAAGCUGUGAAACACAGAUUUCAAAGUAGGCCAUGUUUUUGUCAGUAAUGUGUUAAUGAUCUGAUUCAGAAAUACUUUUUUUUUUUUCUUUUGGUAGGACAUGCAGCUUUGUUUAGAGGAAGCGCUUUGUGUGUUACUGAUUUCUGUUUACUUUUUCUCUGUCAGUCAGAAGCUGUGAAGUUCUGUUUUGUUCCUCUGUGCCCUGUCGAUUCUGGGAAAACUUAAGGUUUCAGUCCUCAGACCUUGUUCAGCGCAGACCAGGCCGAACGGAUGAAGCCAACUCUUGGUUCAGAUCAGGCAAAACUGGCAAAAGGCACAUUUAGGAAAAUAGAAAGUGCUUCCCACCACAGGAGAGGAGUAUUCUGUAAUGUGGACUCCAGUCAGUCCAUCAGUUCCAGAUGACACACAAGCGUAACAACAUCACUCACACCACUGUGGGUAAUUCUACUGCAGGAAUCAGUCGGACAAAAAUAACCGUCAGAUCAAAAGACACAACUGCAGACAAACAUUUUCAUGAAUUUUACAUGUACAGUGAUGAACUUCAUGUGAUGGACGAUGCAGGACUCUCAAACCCGUCAGUCCCACUUGGUUCUGAGGACUGAAACCUUGGAUGUCCCGGCAGAGACCACUUCUCUUACCUCUCAGUGUUUCUUCCUGCACACCUACAGGAAGCAGUAGAUGUGCACGAGCCUUUUCAGACAUGUUUACUUUUAUAGACUUUCAACUAUGCACUCGAUUGAAUCCUGUUGCUGUUUUUACUACUUUGGUACUUUGUAAAACUUUCACUGCUUUAAAUUCGCCGUUCCUGAGGACCAACAUGUUUAGAGUCUGUUGGACACCGAGGUAGAAAACAAAUCCAUCUGUACCAGCUUUGAUUUUUGCUGUUCUCCAUUCAUGCUGUUACAUGUGUUUAAGGUUACUGGAGUUAUUAAGUGUUCGAAAUCAAACUGGGAAACUGAUAAUCUGACUUGACUUUAUACUACAAAAUAAAAAUAAAAAAAACUCUGCUGGGUGUUUUGUUUUUAAGGGAAAUUAAAGCCAGAUUGAAAGGAUCUGAACACUGUCACACUGUAAGUGGUCCUCACCUGUAUUUCACAAGAGCAUUUAAUAUAUAUAUAUAUUAAACUUUUCUCCACUGUUGACCUCCUCUAUGCAUCUGGCUUCACAUUACAGUAAAAACGCUUCUUAAAAACAAUAAUCACUUCAUGAUAUGCAAAAACAUUUGAAGCUCAGGGAUUAAACGUCUACAAGAACCACAUUUUAAAAGUUGCAGCAUAAAUAUCACAUUUAUAUUCAGGCUGCAUUUUACAGUUUCAGGACUGAACUGAGUAAUUUGGAUUCUUACAUUUUGGGUCCUAAAGCAGCACAAAUGCUCUGUUUUUGUAGAGAAAUGGAGAAAUGAGGCCUUUCAAAUUCUCAGUGUCUGUGUUUACUCAUAAGUCAAUAUAUUGUUUAAACAGUUAAAAAAAUAAAGAAUACAAUAAUAAAGUAAUGCUUAGUUUUACAGGCUCUGUAUGUUGGAGAUAUUUUAAAUUAAAGAUUAUAAAGCAGAUCUAUACGUCAGCUAGAAUCCAAAUACAGAGUUUUAUUAUGGCCUGAUUUCUCUGGUAAACUCCAUAAACUUGUAGAUGUCAGAUCAUUUUUCACUCAGCUAGGACUGAAUUUAACAUAAUCAGCUGGAACUGCAACACUUUCUCCAUUUCUCAGAGAAUUGAGACCAAAUUGUCUCUGACCUGCUUAGAAACACUCUUUACAUUUACAGUUAAGUUUUUGAACAGCUGGAGGAAAGUUUCCUGGAAAAUGCAAAACCCAUGAAAAUCAUUAAAAAGCAAAUUAGAGGGGAUCAGUUUCCUGUAACUGUUAGACUGAUUUCCUUUAUAUAAAAAAACAAACACAUGUAAACUGUUGUUCAUGUUUUCUACUUUGUGUUUUCACAUUUCUGAAUGUGUUGUUUUGUCCGUUUUAUUUCUUCCAUUAAAAAAGUUGUCUUUAAACUGA